AAUUUAUAAUCUUGAAAAUAAGACUUACCUGCUGAAACAUAAAUUACCCCACCCUACCCACACUCUUUUCCCUUCCUUUUUAUAUCUCAAAGUUCUUCCAAGGUGCAAAGAAAGAAACAACACCAAAAUAGAGAAAAUGAGUUGCUUUAAGACAAAGAGAUCCAAAAGUUUGCCCAUAGCCAAAACCUCAUCACAAAAACAAACCCCAAAAAUCGAGAACAUCAAACAUGAAGUUCUUGUAAACAUUCCAUCAUGCAGAGUUCAUCUAAUGGAUGAAGGGGAAACUCUAGAACUUGCCAAUGGAUUUUUCACAAUAUUUUCUAUAUCAGAAGAAGAUGUUUGUGUAGCUACAAUUAUAAAAGUUGGUGAUGAACUUCAAUGGCCACUUACAAAAGAUGAACCAAUAGUAAAGCUUGAUUCUUUACAUUAUUUGUUCACUUUGCCUAUUAACAAUGGACAUCCUUUGAGUUAUGGUGUCACAUUUUCAGAAAAGGGUAGUGGAAAUCUUGGAGUUUUAGAUGCUUUUCUUAAAGAAAAUGCUAUGUUCACUUGUUCAUCAUCAUCAAUUAGGAAAAGUGAUAUUGAUUGGAAAGAAUUUGCUCCAAGAAUUGAAGAUUAUAAUAAUGUUUUGGCUAAAGCAAUUGCUGAAGGAACAGGUCAAAUUGUUAAAGGGAUUUUCAAAUGUAGCAAUGCUUAUACAAAUCAGAUGCAAAAGGGAGGAGAAAACAUUUUACUUCCAGCUAUAGAGAAUUCUGGUUCUACUAUUACCAAAAAGAAAGGCAAUAAUACCACAAAUAAAAAUGCUGUCAAUGAAAGCCUACAACGUGUGAGGAAGCUGUCAAAAAUGACAGAAAAAAUGAGCAAAUCUAUGCUUAAUGGAGUUGGAAUUGCAAGUGGAUCAGUUAUGGGGCCUAUGGUUAGGUCCCAAGCUGGCAAAAAAUUCUUCACCAUGGUCCCUGGAGAAGUUUUAUUGGCUUCACUUGAUGCUGUCAACAAGAUAUUAGAUGCUGCUGAAGCUGCUGAAAAACAAACAUUAUCUGCAACUUCUGGUGCUGUUACUAGGAUGGUCACUAACAGGUAUGGAGAGAAUGCAGGGGAUGCAACAGAAGAUGCACUAGCAACAGUAGGGCAUUGUGCAGGAACUGCUUGGAAUGUAUUCAAAAUUAGGAAGGCACUUAAUCCUGCUUCUUCUGUCUCCUCUGGUGCACUCAAUGCUGCUAAAAAUAGAAAAUAGUUAAAAACGUAUGGAGAAAAAUGAGGGUCGAUCGUAAGCAAUCUCUCUACUCUACAAAGCUACACGUAAAGUUUGCGUAUAUUUUAUCAUCCUCAGAUCCUACUUGUUGAGUUACACAUGGUAUGAUAUUGUUGUUUGUUGUAAGGAGUGAAAAAGAUAAGUUGUUGUAAGACAUGAAAUAAUGAAAAUGACAUUGUUUUUCAAGUUGCUUGAAAAAUA